AUUAUUUAUAUGGAGAAAGAGGAUUCAAAUUUAUCAAUUUAGCUGCUCAAGUGCAAAUUAAAUAAUUUCUACUUUUUUAUUACUUUAAAGCCUAACUGUUUAUUGUUGGUGUCUAGGCCCACUCCUUGGCCCGCUCCUUGACAGUUUACAGAGAUCCUGACACCUGUUAAACAGCAGAGAUCCCAAAAAGCAGGAAACUGUUUCUUGAAUUGUAUCUGUUUGAUGAAAUGCUCCUGGGAGCAUCCUGGUCAAAGGGCGUAACAUUCUCCCAGCUGGAAACCUUCAGCACCUGAUUUUCGCCAUGCCACACAUUGCACUUGUCAAGGUAUGAACUGGGUUCAGAAGCUAUAAAUUUCGAAGCAAACAUUCAUUUCUUCAUCACCACUAGACUCCAUUUACCUUUUAUACCUUUAUCAAUCUCCAUAUUUUCUGCGUUCUAACUUUCAAAAAAGAAUAUAUCAGAGAUGGACAAGUCUUCUCAAAGCCAGGCCCAGAACAUUAGCUACGAGGCUGGGCAGGCCAAGGGCAAAACUGAGGAGAAGGCCUGCAGCAUGAUGGAUAAGGCAUCUGAAGUUGCCCAAUCUGCCAAGGACUCAAUUGCAGAUGCUGGAGGGGUGAUGAUGGCUAAGGCUCAAGGAGCAGCUGAAGCUGUGAAGAAUGCAACAGGCAUGAACAAUAAAUCAAGCUGAUUGAAGAAACAUUUUCUAUCCAGUUUGAUUUGUAUGCUUUCUUGGUUUAGCUUGUUUGAGAGCUUUUUAAUUUAUUUCAUUUUUUCUUCCAAAGAACUGAAGAAGAGAGAUCUAUGAUGUAAUUCUCUGCUUCUGAGUCAUAAGAAUCUUGGUCCAAUUGCUUCUAGGAAGUAUGUACACGUUAUUAUGCUUCUUUUAAUGCAAUUUCGACCUUGUUUUGAUUCCUACUAGUUCUUUUCUUGGACCAAAUUUUCUCUCUUUUUGCCUUCAGUUUAUGAAAUAAACUCAAUUAAUUGCU